AUGGCUCAAUGGACCGACCCAUCGCGUUCUUUUUUAAUACAUGCCGUCAGAGUUAAAAAGGUUGGAAUUUUUUCUUUUUCCGGAAAAAUUUCAAUAAUUUGAUAGUUGUAAUUUCAAAAGUUGUCAAGUUGGUAAGAGAGUCUUCAAGUUACAUGGCUCACUGAAAUACAUAUUAAAAACUGAAAAGACAGCAUUGAAAAGUUUAUAAAAAUUCAAAUUAAUAUUUUUGACCGGGUGCAUACACAGAAACAUCAUAUUUCACGACACUUUUUUCAAACCUCAUGGCGUGUUCAUCGGAGAAACGGAACAUGCUUCAAAACGAAAAAUCGUGUUCAUCGGCGCGCCAAACUUGCUCCAAAACAGUACUAAUUUUUGUUUUGGAGCAACUUUUUUGCGUUUCAAAGCAAUUUCCGUUUUGUCCGAUGACCACGCCAUCAAAAAAUUUGCAAAUUUUUUUUUUCAUAAACUUCCACAAAAAUGGGAAGUUUUCUUCGAUAUUAAUUUUUUACAAUAAUCGUCGUUUAAGUAUAAGUAUUGAUUCCAGGUAUUAUGGGACAAAGAUAUGGCAACAGAUGCGCAGUGCAAAGCGGCAAAGGUGAAUAUAACUUUUUUUGAAGUCUCGUUUCAUUGUAAAAUGUUUUUCUGCUUCACCAGUGAAGACGUUAACUUUUAAGAACUUUCGAAAGCAGGGAUUUUGAAUAAUUUUCUAAACUGUUUUCAAAAAAAAUCUUUGUAGGUGGUCGCGUUUCAAGAAGUGACGGAUGAUUUGAACGCGGCUUUUCCGUCAACGACAAAGUUCAGCUGUGAGUUAUUUUCUCACAAGAGAAAAAAUGAUAAAAUUUCUCAGGCGAAGAUGUGAGAUCGCAGUGGAAGAAUUUGAAAGAUACCUUUGUCCGGAAACUUCGAUGGGUCAGCGAGGGAAAGUCAGUUAUUGAAAUAAAAUUUCAUGAUAUUUUUUGCUUUUUAUCUUUUUAAUCAAGCUCUGAAAAUUUAAGUGAAUGUUUCUUAAGGUACACGGAUGAUCCUUUGAAAGAGCCGACAUGGAAGUUCUACCGAAUGCUCUCGUUUCUUGAUGAAAAGGAGCUAAAAAGAGUUUCCAGCGGCGCCGACACCACUUUUGAUUUACAGAUGCAAAGAGAAAACGAUCAUACGUUAGUUUUUCACAUAAUUUGUUCAUUUUUUACCAAACUGACUUUUUUUAGGCUUCACUUAGUGAAAAACGAGCUCCACCAUCUCAACCAAUACGACAAUAGCAAUCACAGCGCAACGAGUGAGGAGCAAAUGCUCCAGAUGUUCGUCCAGCAGGUCUGGAUAUUGAAAGGAAAAGGAAACGAAUAAUGAGCUCAAAAAAGCGUGUGUGAUCAGAAAUUACUUUGUUUCGGUUUCAUGGUGAAGUGUAGGACAAGAGCUUGAGUUCUUGAAACUGAAAUUGAGUGCCAGUCCGCAAUCCGCCGUCGCGUGUAUGCAGACGCCGUUUUCUGUUGCAACGAUUCCGUUUGAAAUUUUUGCUUUUUUCCUCUCAUUUUCUAUCAAUAUUGAUUUUUCUGCAACACGAAAAAAAAAUUUGCAUUGACAGGUUUUCGAGUCGUUUAUGAAUGUGUUUUACACAAUCAAUGAACAAUGAUAGAAAAAAUGUGUAAAAAAAAGAAAACUUCGAAAUAAUGGCGCGAAACGAUUUGGCGCAACAGAAAGCGUCUGCAUACACGCGACGGCGCAUCGCGGACUGACGUUUUUUCUUGGAAUCGGCUCCCUUGUCCUACACUCUCAUAGUGGACUUUCUUAACACCUGAAAAAAUCCAAAAAGUCUUCCAAUCAGGUUUCUAGUUAAGUGAUCUGUAAAGUUGAUUUCCAUUUUUUUUUUUCCAUUUUCGACUAAAAUUUGAUGUUGAUCAUUAAGAUUUUGAAAACCUGGAUACCUUAUGUUGCAGUCAUAUCCGCCAGAGAAGCCGUCGGCGUCGAGCGUGUCGCCGCCUUCUCCAGCCCUGCCGCCGGUCUCGAACUCGACGCCGUGCUCGGAGACGAUCUGCGCCAAGCCGUCGUACACCAAUGGUACACAUGGCGGAAACCUCAGCAACGGCAACAGCGGCCUCGAUGACGACGAUGAGCCUAGGAGAAAGAGAGUGAGGCUUCCAAGCGUUUCAGGGAGUUUACUAUUUAUUUUCUUCUCUAGGUUUACAGCCGGAGGAUGGCCAUGCAGAACGGCAACCAUCAGGACGAAUUCGAUCUUUUCGGCGCCUGUGUAGCUGCUCAACUCAAACGGUGAGCGAAAAGAAGUAAACAAAAAUAACUCGGGAUCAUCAGGUUAUGUGAUGAGAAUUCGCGGUCGGCGGCGUUACGUCUUCAGAAGCGACUGAGUGACGUCAUCUACGAGUCGCAGAUCGAGCUUCUCGAACGCUGA